AUGAUAAAAUGUGCACUCAUCAGCGGUAGAGGUAUGGGCUUGAUGCACGGCGGAAACUUCCACAGCCAUCCGGACGCCGAAGUUGUCGCUGUCUGCGACAUGGACCCCGAACUACUCGCCGCAGCCACAGAACAGUUUGGUGCCCCCGGAUAUUCAAGCAUCGAAGAACUACUUGCCAACUGCGAUGUGGAUCUGAUGCUAAUGAUCGUCAAUGAGACCCGACGCAUCCCGCCCUUGCGGCAGCUGCUCGCGGCAGAGAAGAUGACCUCCCCAUCGCAGCGGCGGCAAUCUCUGAGUGGCGAGGAUUCAGGUCUAAAAUUUGGUAUCGACUUCAACUACCGCUUCAUGACCCACUUCCGAAAACUUCACGAUGAUGUAGUAGAAGGGCGAUUGGGCGAAAUACGGAUGGUGCGCGCCCGGGCGCAUUUCAACUGCUGGUCGCACGUCAUUGAUCAGAUCCUCUGGAACAUGGGACGGCCCGAAUGGGUCAGCGUCAUGGGCGAUCCAAGCGAAGAAGGCGGUUGGCAGCGCAUGAUUCAGAUGCAGUGGGCAAACGGUGCGAUCGGUUCACUAGCGGGGAGCAACCUAUGGGGUUACGACGACCAUCCACUGCGCGUCAUGAUUGUCGGCGACGAGCGUUACGCCGAAGCCCGUGGUUUAGAGGGGUGGUAUCGUCGGCGCGAAGCCAAUACCUCUGAAGACGAAGAACUUUGGGAAUCUGAGGAGGGAAACAGUUAUCAAACAUCCUUCCCCCGCAUGGCUGACGGCGUAAUCAAAGCGAUGCACGCAAACGAAUCGUUCCCGGCAGAUGGGGAAGCCGCAUGGAAUGAACUGUUAUUCGAGGGCGCAGUCCAUCGGUCAGCAUUGAACAACGGUGAGCGAGUGUGGUUGGCUGAUGUGGAAAAAGCGGCAAUGAGUUAA